GUGCUUGGCAUUGCAGCUUAUUUAAAGCGGCAGUCUCCUCUUGGGAUGCUGGGCCCAUGGGCAGAAGGCUGGUAGAGAGUCAGGAGGGAAUCCAGCGACAGUAGCUGAAGAUGAAAAGGAAAAAGACCCUGAGAUUAGAGUUUUAAGUGCUACCGACUGAGCUGUCCCCCCCCCCCCAGCUGUUGUCCAGGCAAAGACCAAGCCUGCACUGGAACUUUUUAUAGCUCUGCCAGAUUGGAAGAGGCACACAGGAUGGGUGGGUGGGUUAUUGGCACCGCCCUGGAGGCUAUCUUUCCCAGGGAUCUCUUCAGUCUGCAGUCCCAAACGUCUUUUUGCACAGAAAAGCAGAGGAACACAGAUUUGAAGUUGCUUGGUUCUAGUCCUAGCUGCUCCCCCCACUCGAACACACAGGGAUAUUCCUUUCAGCACUCUCUCCGGACACCCUAUUCUGAAUACAUUUAAACCCAAAGAUCUCCACACACACACACACACACACACACACACACACCGCCAGCAUUCUUAUUGGAUAUUUGGUGCAAUAUGGCCAAUACCACUGUGCUAUAAUCCCCAGCUCUCAUCCUCUCAAGCUGUUGGGUUUUGCCGUGAGUUGGCUUGUGCUAUUGCAUCUAAGAAUCACAGGCAAGGAAUCGAGAUAGGAAGAAUUGGUUUUCUCCCCUUACAUGAAAGGGGAUUUUAAAAACACCCUGGGAUGGGGAAGAGGAGAAGCAGGAAGGCUCUGCCACUAAUGUUGUGCAAAUCUAUAAGGCCAGUAUCUACUGUGAUGAGUUGUGUAUAUAUAUAAGUGAUGAUAAUAAAUUGUAUUUUUUUUCAUACAUUUGCUUUGAUUUUGUACACAAGAUCAGUUGUGAGAAAAGAACAAGCUAAGAGCAGCCAAUUAAAUGAAUAGCAGAGAUCACCCUGUAAAGAAUCAACAGAUUAGUUUAUCUCUUUAUUUAUCUAAGACACACAAAACUUCUUACUCAUAAAUAAAAGUUUAUGUUUGAUAACUUUUUGUUUCCCUAUCCUUAACAGCCCUUGUGGCAGGAAUGAGCGUGAAGCCAACGCUGGGCUUCCUCCGUUUUCGUUACUGAUAUAUCAGUUUCGCCUCUCAGUGCUACUCUUUGGGCCUCUCUAGCUACUGAAUCACCCAGAUACCAUCACAUUAAAAAAAAAGACUGCGUCAGAAAGGGGUGUCACUGUUGAUUUCCUCCAGCCCAGCACCAUGGCAUUAGCUACACUUGAAAUUUCGGUAUGGGGAUCCUAAAAGCAAAGCAUGCUGGGUGAUGCUUCUCGCAAGGCACUCUGGGCAAUGUCAUUUCCCUGUUCGCAUACCGUGUGCCAAGUCUCGUGGUUUUGUUUGUGCAUCACGAGUGGUCGGGCCUGGAAGUGAUUAGGCAGGAUUUGCCAUGCAAAUCCAUUUGGGAUUUAGCAAUGGCCAGGAGAUUAAGGCCUUGGGAGUUGGCCAAUUAGCUGGCCUUUUUUAAGAUCCUUGAAGAGGGACCCACUGGGGAAGAUGUGAGGGCAAAUCACAGAGCUGCCAGAAGCCCACAGCCUUCUCUAUAGGAGUCAGAGAAGCCACUGCCUGGUCUCUGGAGGCUACAUCUGCCUCCUCAGCACAAGCCACCAUGGCUCCCAAAGUUGUAUUGAUAACAGGAUGCUCAUCUGGGAUUGGGCUGGCAUUGGCUGUGAAACUAGCACAGGACAAGCAGAGAAGGUUCAAAGUGAUUGCCACAAUGAGGAAUGUGGCCAAGAAGGAGAAGCUGGAAACCGCUGCGGGGGCUGCUCUCAACAAGAUGCUGGAGAUCAAACAGCUGGAUGUCUGCGACGAGAAAUCCAUCCGCAGCUGCAUCAACAGCAUCCCCCAACGGCAUAUUGACAUCCUCAUCAACAACGCUGGCGUAGGUCUCAUUGGUCCCAUCGAGUGCCAGACCAUCGAAGAGAUGAAGGCCAUCAUGGAGACCAACUUCUUUGGCGUGGUGAGGAUGAUUAAGGAGGUCCUCCCUGACAUGAAGAAAAGGCGGAGUGGCCACAUUGUGGUCAUCAGCAGUGUCAUGGGUUUGCAAGGCAUCGUGUUCAAUGACAUCUACACAGCUUCCAAAUUUGCCAUUGAGGGCUUCUGCGAAAGCCUCAUCAUCCAGGCGCUCAAGUUCAAUAUCUUUGUCAGUUUGAUAGAGCCUGGCCCAGUCGUGACUGAGUUUGAGAUGAAGGUCUAUGAAGACGCAGAGAAAGCUGACUACUCCCAGACGGAUCCUGAGACGGCCGAAAUAUUCACCAAUGUCUACCUGAAAAAUUCCAAGGCCAUCUUUUCCAGCUUGGGCCAGACCCCUGAAGAUGUAGCUGAGCACACGCUGAAGGUCAUCACCACGGCCAAGCCGCCCUUCCGCCACCAGACCAACGCCAUCUACACGCCCAUGACGGCUCUCAAGCACGCCGACCCCACCGGGGCCUUGAUGACCGACUCGUUCUACAAGAUGGUCUUCAAAUAUGAUACCCUCUUGCACGUCAGCCUGAAGGCCAUUCGGCUGCUCCGAUGGCAAGCCCAGAAAAUGAGGCAAGGAGCCAGGCUGUUGGGCUUCAGAUGAGGAGGCCCUUCGGAGGCCGGAGAGAGAGACUGGGGAACGGAAGAUCCCUAAAGAGAUUCACUUCUCUUUUUACCAAACUUUCUGUUCGCACAUUCGAAACACUUUAAAACCCUCAAUUCUAUUCUCACUA